AUGUUAAACUGUCCAUUCACUAAAGUAAAUAACGGAUAUGAACUCAGACAACAUGCAAUAGAUAAAACUAGACCGGUGUGGUUUGAUGGGUUAAUGGUUAACUGUAGCGCGCGGCGGUGUUCCUACAAAUACGCACGUCGGCCGGUGUCGUUGCGCGACGCUGCAGAUCGACUGGCGGACGAUAGAGAACGAGACGCGGCGCUGCGCGCGCACCAUGCGACCCUCAGAUCCUCACUAGACGACCUUCGCGUAUAG